CGUUGGUCCACCGGCGGCACCGCAAGGGACGCCAGCAUGAGUUGGGCAGUAAACCACCCCCCCUUACAAAGCCUCUGAUAGUAUGCAAGGCCAUGUACCUUGAGGCCUCGAGGUCAAUGUAUUCCAUGCUGCGAUUCUCGUUUUCGUGCCAGAGAGCUCUCACGCACUUCGCUGAGCAGGUGCCCCGAGCCUUGACGGAGCGAAUCCAAGUUAUCGAUGUUGUUCUGUCUCCUGACUAUGAAGACGGGGCCUUGCCUGAGCUUUGUCAGACACUAGGCAACUCGUUUCCUGGUGUCCAGGCAGAGCUGCGAAUAUCGCUGCAUCCUUCGCGCCAAAUCCCCAUUCGACCACUGCCUGACAGAGCCUACUUGGAACCUCUCUACGCCCUGGCACACACGCUCAACCAACCGCGGAAGUUUGAGAUCAAGCUUCCCAUUGAAGGGGACAAAUUUGCAAGCACCCGUGCCUAUGGCGCGACGGAUUACUUAGGAGACGUGCCAUUCAACGUUACUCUCGUUCCGAGAGGCUCGCAUAUCCUUUACCAUUGCACCGGAUUCAAUGCGUAA